AUGGAAGCGGAUGUUCAAGCCUCGGGUGUGGUAGGGCUGCCGGCGGACAACAGGGCGGGAGUCGUGGUGGCUGUUGUCUCUACCUUGGUGCCGUUGACUGGCCUUGUGGUCGCCAUGCGCUUCUACUCUCGACAACACCUCGACAACCGGAUUGGAUUGGACGAUUGGGUGGUCUUGGCAGCGCUUGCUUUUGUCGUGGCCAAGGGCAUCACAGUCUGCCUUAUGGCCCAGGGCUUUUACUUCGCCAUCAUUCUUUACUACAGCGGACUUGGCUCGAUCAAGGUUGCUCUGCUGCUACAGUAUCGACGAGUCUUCGCUUCGAAGCUUCGAAGAGCAAUCAAUCUUGCAUUGAUCAUCAUCGGCCCAUGGAGUAUCGGACUGGUCCUGAUAUCCAUUUUCACUUGCCAUCCAAUACAGGGGUACUGGGAAAAGUACACCAAGGCCACAUGCGUUCCAACUUUCCAAUGGUACAUCCAUUCUGCCGGAAACAUACUGAGCGACGUCGUAAUAUUCACGUUACCGAUACCGGCAUUAUGGAGCAUGCGAGUUUCAUUAGGACAGCGGCUGCUCCUCAUCUUCAUGUUCUCGUUGGGUCUAUUCAACUGCGCCAUCUCCGGGAUAAGGAUCAAAUACCUACCGAUUGUUAGCUCGAACCCGGAUGUAACAUACGAGAACCUCGACGCCGUCUCCUGGUCGAUAGCAGAGGUCUGCCUCGCCAUCAUUUGCGCUUGCCUUCCGACAUUGAGGCCGCUGUAUGUGCGCGCGGCCAGGGAGAGGUUUGCGGAUUGUGUACGUUCCAGCUGUAGGCGGCGGAAGAGGCAGUACUACAGGGAGCCCGCGCGAGACUUGCGAACGCCAGAGGAGGCUAUCACCGCUCAUAUACCCCCCUCAUUUUCCUAUGAGAGCAAAGACGUGGAGAAAUUUACCCAGAGCAUCAGUCUGAAGCCAACCGCCGAGACAUAUUUCGACAAAUCAAGGUCCCUCCCUUCGCGGACACAGUCUCAGUGCGACCACUGCGAACAUUACGGGUACGAGCUGAUGGAAAGCCCACAACCCGAAAGGAAGAUGACCAGGUCGCCGUCCAGAAGGUCGGUCAGCAAUGCCUUCCAGCCGCCCGAGCGUCGACGUCCAUCUGUCCAAAGCAUACUAGAUGAGAUUGUCGUCACCCAGCCGCCGAAUGCCAUGAUACAUGAAGCCCUCGGCAGCAACUUCCCGAUCCGCGUCGCAGGAGGCACGCAACCUCCCUUAGUUCCACGAGCCCGCUAUAGCUCUAUUGAUACGAUUGCGAACGAGGGGCUCAGCGCUCCUCGGCCCCGGAUGAAGCGCAUUGGCUCCGAUGACUCUGUUACAUCACAGGUUUCUGACUACACAUUCCGGAGGGAAUAUGGAGCAGGGCGGAUACCAUUCGGCGAUUUCAACAAGGUAGAUUACCAGAAGGUAGGAGGGUCAGCUUCAAGGAGCCUGCCGUCAAGGGAGGCGGAUCGGGCACCUGGGGAGCUUGCGUGA